AUGCAGAACGGCACUGCCGAACAUGUCGAAACCCGACUCGACGCUCUGGUUGUAGGUUGUGGGUUUGGCGGCAUCUACGCCUCCUAUUCACUGCGCAAACUGGGUUUGAAUUUCGCCUGUGUGGACAAUGCCGGUGAUGUCGGCGGAACUUGGUACUGGAAUCGGUACCCAGGGGCGAUGAGCGAUACCCACAGCCAUCUGUACCGCUUCUCUUUCGACGAGGAGGACUACAAAGAGUAUCCAUUCACUCACAACUACGUCUACCAGGCGGAGAUCCUCUCCUAUCUGCGGCAUGUCGUGGAAUGGCACGAUCUCAGGAAAUACAUGCAAUUCAAUAUGGAAAUGCGUUCGGCCAUCUUUGACGAAGCACUCAACAUGUGGCGCGUGACCAUGAGCACUGGCCAGAUCUUUAUCGUGCGAUACCUUAUCUCGGCCAUGGGUCUAUUAUCGCAGCCCAUAUAUCCAGAUAUUCCAGGGCUGCAGGACUUUGAAGGCACAAUUGUCCAUACUGCUGCAUGGCAGAAGGAUCUUGAUCUUCGCGGUAAACGAGUCGCCCUGAUUGGCACGGGAUCGACAGGUGUUCAGGUCACCACGAGCAUUGCAGCGCACGUGAGUUCCUUAACAUGCUUCGUCCGCCACCCCCAGUAUGUUGUGCCCGCCGGCUAUCGCGAGUUCCAGGCCGAGAAGAGGCGAGACAUAAAUACCAACUUUUCCGACUUCUGGGACAAAGUUCACAAGUCUGUUGUUGCUUUCGGAUUCGAGGAGAGCACACGGUCCUUCGCAUCUGCGACUCCUGAGGAAAGGGAAAGAGUCUUCGAGGAGCUCUGGGACGAGGGCAAUGGGUUCUGGUUCAUGCUGGGCGGCUUCAAAGACUUGACAACCAACCUCGAGGCCAACGAGUUUGCGGCCGAUUUUGUGCGACGCAAGAUCCGCACGAUCGUUCAGGAUCCGGAAAAGGCUCGCAUUCUCUCACCUCUUGACCACUACGCGCGGAGGCCCAUUUGCGGCAACUUUUACUACGAGCAGUUCAACCGAGACAAUGUGCAUUUGGUCGACGUCAAGAACAAGCCAAUCACCGCCGUCACAGGCCGGGGCAUCACCACAAGUGACGAUAUCGAGCGUGAGUUUGACAUUAUAAUUCUCGCCACCGGAUUCGACGCCCUUGACGGUAACUAUACGCGCCUGCAUAUUGUAGGACGCUGCGGCCAGACGAUUAGGGACCACUGGUCCAAAACCAUCACAAGCUACUGCGGCGUCAUGCUAUCCGGUUUUCCCAACAUGUUUAUGAUCCUUGGUCCGCAAUCGCCUUUCGCUAACAACCCGACAGUGAUCGAGAGUCAAGUAGACCUGAUUAUGGGCGCGAUUCGAAGAUCCGAAGACUUGCGCAGUGGUUCGGGACGCACCGGCGUUGUCGAAGUCACCCCAGAGGCCGAGUCCGGUUGGGCUCGACGCUGCGAGGAUGCUGUCGAGGGCAGCCUUUUCAAGAAAACAUCGUCCUGGAUCUUUGGCGGUAACGUGCCCGGCAAGGUCUUUGCUACACGUUUCUUCUUUCCCGGUCUGCGUCCCUUUCGCGAGUUUGUCGAGUCUUCGGUUCGGCAGGAUUGGCAGGGGGUUUCAUUUUCGUAG